CCAGCAAAAGCAAACGCCACGCCCACAAUAGCGCAUCGCCACCAGCAGUCGCCUGGUGUUGCUGGUUUGUUGACAAACUCUUUACAAGAUCAUUUUUAAUUCCUCUAAAUAUUUGGGUUAAAGUCUAAAUCAUGGACUUCCAAAACCGAGCCGGUGGCAAGACCGGCGGAGGCGGCGUCGCCUCAUGGUCUGAGACCAACAGAGACCGCCGAGAACGUCUCAGGCAACUCGCUCUGGAGACAAUCGAUCUGCAGAAAGACCCGUAUUUUAUGAAAAACCAUUUGGGUUCGUACGAGUGCAAACUGUGUUUGACCCUGCACAAUAACGAGGGCAGUUACCUGGCCCACACGCAGGGUAAGAAGCACCAGGCUAACUUAGCGCGUCGAGCGGCCAAAGACGCCAAGGACGCACCUGGACAGCCUCAACCGGAGAAACCAAGAGUGGAGCCCAAGAAAUUUGUAAAAAUCGGUCGACCAGGUUACAGAGUGACCAAACAGCGUGACUCUGACAUAGGACAGCAGAGUCUGCUUUUCCAGAUCGACUACCCUGAAAUUUCUGACCACAUCUACCCUCGGCACCGAUUCAUGUCCGCCUAUGAGCAGAGGGUGGAACCUCCAGACAGAAAGUGGCAGUACCUGCUCUUUGCAGCUGAACCUUACGAAACGAUUGGCUUCAAGGUGCCAAGUCGGGAAGUGGACAAAAAUGAUGGCAAGUUCUGGACCUACUGGAACAAGGACACAAAGCAGUUCUUUCUGCAGUUCAGCUUCAAGGUGGAGCCCAAAAAGACGGGACUCAUGCUAGGUGCUAUGCCCCCGAGGCCACCUGGAAUGCCGGCUAACAUGCCGCCUCCACCAAUGCAAAUGGGGAUGGUGCCCCCUCCGCCCCCAGCAUUCAACGCGGUUCCUCCUCCCCCGCCCAACUAACUCUUAAACGAUGCACUUUUGUAAUUAAAUUCACAGCAUUUUCUAUUGUUUUUCUCAGAGUUUGAAUAAAUUACUAAAUAUAGAGUA